AUGACGUCGGCCCAGGACCCGACGAGCUUUGAAGAAGCUAUGGACCUCCUCGAAGCGCUCAAGGGUCUGUCGCGGCGGGUCGGCGACCUCGGCGAAGUCAUUGCUGAGCUCAUUGACGAGGGUAUUCAGAAGUCUGAGGUUUUGGUCGUAAUCCAAAAAAAAAAAAACAAAAUUGUCCGAUUUCAGUUGACAUCAUUUUUUGGAGAGUACUUGACCAAGAGGGCCUUGGGUCCCCUCGAAAGAUCUCUCGAGCUUGACGUUCAGGUGAUAGUGAUUCAUUUAUACGGAACAAGUCCUCGUUAAAGAUGAACCAAUUGGAAAUCGAGUUGCCUUGGCUACAAAAGCAACUGGAAGAAGCUAAGAAAAGGUAAAAUUUUGAACCGUUCCUUAGCGUUUUCAAACAAACUGAGGAAACUCAAUGUUCAACCCCACGAGUCGUGAGUUUCUAGCAAGCUGUUCUCGAUGGACUAUUACUUAAAAUGUAAUGAAAAUAGCUUCAAAAGCUCGCUUGCAGUCACGUGAAGGCGACUGAACACUACAACGACGCGAUGAGAGCUAAACGAGAGCAGGAGGCAGCAGAACGGGCGGCUAAUCUUGCCGCAAAAUUGGAAGAAGUCGAAAAAGCCGCCAAAGACAAAGCUGCCAAGGAAAUGGCCGACUUUGUCAAGAGAAACGAGCCGUUGCGGAGCUGCAAAGAGUCCGUAACUCGUGAAUACGACGAGCCCCGCUUUGAGGUACGGUCCUCCUCAUUAAUUCAGAUUCAGUUCCAGUCUACAAAUGAGCUUUCAAAAAAUUUCAUACAUGUCUUCCUUUUUCUGAUGUGUGAGAAACUAUCAAGCCAUAAAAAAAUGUUUGAAUAGGUUUUAUAAGACAAGAAAAAAUUUAAUUUUCAAAAAUAAUGUAGUUUUGGAUGCAAAACUCAAGAUAUAAGUUAAACAUCGAAAUUUUUUUAACAGAAUUUCUGAUCCGAACUUUUCCUACUUUAGACAUUUUCAGAUCACGAACUUCAGCUCAAAUGACACUGUGGAUCUCGAGGAAACUUCGCCAAAGAAAGCGAGAAACCGUAGAAGGUCGCGGAGUCUCAUCCACUCUAUCAGAAAGAAAGCGGUUGCGUUUCGCAAACUUCCAAGCAAAAAGUAUGUUGCAGACAAAUGUCCGUCGGUCACUCUCUCGCUGUGCUCGUAAGAUUUUUCAGGAUGAGACUGACAACAAUUAG